AUGACGUUGCCAUCGACUUCAUCGUUUACCUCAAUCAUUGAUUAUAAAAGAGCCUUAAACCUUGACGUAGGUUCUAUUAUAGAAUAUUUCUCUUCUGUUCUGGCCAGUGAUGGAAAACUAGACCGUGGAGCACUGCGCAAUGGAAAUUUGCUUUUUAAAGAUCACUUUUUACAGAAUAUUGCCGUAUCUCGCCGGUUUAUUGAGCUUACGAUUACAGCGAAAUGUCGUGCUCAAAUGAAAAAAGCGACUAUUUAUCAGCUAAAACUAGUUAUCAACAGCAAUCGACCUGCCGAUAUUCUUCAAGGGGCUUGUGAAUGUGUAGCAGGUAAUGGACCUCGUGCUGCUUGCAAACAUCUUGCUGCUCUUUGUUUUGCUUUAUUAGACUGUCUCCAGCAUGACAAGACUCAACAACAAAAACCAAAUUAUUUACAAUUUCUCAACAACUAUACAUAUGUGCCUGGUGCUACAGAUUGUCUUCAUCAGCUACUUGUUAAAUACAAGCAACAUUCAAGUGUCGCUGCAUCAUUUCUUUUUGUUCAGGAAACGUCACCGUCAUUUAUUCCUCUUCCUGCACGUAUUGUCGCUCAAGAUUUAUCUUUAUCGCAAGAUCUAACUGAUCCUGCGGUGAUUAAAUAUUAUUAUGAGAAAGUUCACCUGUCUUUACAUCAAGUAACUGCUCUUGAACAAACAACUCGUGGGCAAUCAUCUUCAGAGCGAUGGCAUGAAGCGCGACGAAUGCGAAUUUCAGAUGGUAUUCGCUCAACAGCAUUUCCGUGUGGUCUGGUCGUGGACGCAACUGCACCUUAUCUCUGUUGUAGUCCAGAUGCUCUGAUCAUUGAAAAUGAUAAUGAUCUUAUUUCAUAUGGAAUCCUCGAAUGUAAAUGUGUCUAUACGGAACCAGGUGCAACUUGGGACGAUUUGAUUUCCAUUCGUGAAAACUUCUGCCUUGAACAACACGCCAACAAUCAUCGAUUGCGUCGUAGACAUCCUUACUUUUAUCAAAUGAUUGCUCUCCUGAAUAUUCUUGAUUUAUCCUGGAUCGAUAUAUGCGUAUUAAAAGGAGAUGACAUCUACAUUGAACGGUUAACAAAUGAUCAAGAAGUAUGGGCUACCAUUAAAAAAAAAUUAACAACGUUUUACUUUACUUUUUUAUUACCUGAGAUCAUGAAAAAUGUGUCAUGA